AUGCCCCCUAGAAACCGGCAUUUCCAUACGCGAGAGCCAUUCCAACAUGACCACAGACUGAUCUUGGAACGCGCCGAGGGCCCCUUCAGUUUCCUCAAUCCUACCAGAGCCCAUUUCAACCACUCCGGAUCAGUCUCAAAGGUAACGUCUGACGAUACUGCGGCUUCGCAUGAAAGCGUCGACAACGCUGCCGACCAUGAAAUCCCCAAGCGGUAUUCCGAGUCCAACGUCCCCGCCAAAAACGUGCGGUUUCUGUGGCGGUCGCGAGACAAUCGAAAAGGCCGACAUCCCUUACUCGUCCAAAGACCCAAGCCUGGGGAAGAGGCUUAUUUUGUGACACCCAGGCGAACAUCAGACCCGAGAGAGGUUUUGAAAACAGUCGUCAAAACCUUUACGUCCUUUCCCAUCUGGGAUAUCUCCUGGCUCGUUGCUUUUAUAUUCACAUGGGGGAGUGUUGUCUGGGUUUUGAAUGGUUUCUUCGUCUGGCUCCCAGUUGUAGCCCCCUCGACCGAAUUUGACGGCGAAAUAUACUACGGAGGAGGCGUCACAGCAUUCAUCGGCGCCAUCCUCUUCUUCGAAACUGGCUCUAUCCUCCUAAUCUUUGAAGCAAUUAAUGCCAACAACACCGGCUGUUUCGGCUGGGCCGUUGAGCAACUGUUCGAUGACGACGAUCAAAAAAGGGGUGUAGCACGACUCAGAGUCGUUGCCAACCGCCACCAUUGUCACCAUCACCAUCAGAAUAGGCGAAAUUUCGUCGGCAGACCUUCGAUUUCAACCGUCCCCGAGGCCCAACCUCCUUCGAAGGGAGGCAAAUUGGCCAAAAGGGCCUGGCAAUGGUUCCCUUCGUGGCACGAUCUGCGUACGCAUUACCUUCAUGAAUUUGGUUUCCUUGCCGGCUCGGCCCAACUCUUUGGCGCGACCGUCUUCGGCAUCUCUGGAAUCACUGCCUUACCCGGCAUCAUCGAUCAUUUGACACCUCAGUGGCGGCUCAAUGCCGCAUACUGGAUCCCUCAGGUGAUUGGUGGAAGUGGCUUCAUUGUUAGCAGUACCUUAUACAUGCUUGAGACGCAGCAGAAAUGGUACAAACCGGCGCCGCAUCUCUUGGGUUGGCAUAUUGCGUUUUGGAACCUUGUGGGGGCGUUUGGUUUCACGCUCUGUGGCUGUCUAGGUAUGGCGUACAAAAAUUCUGGAGCACAGUACCAAGCUGGAUUGGCUACAUUUUGGGGCUCCUGGGCUUUCUUAAUCGGCAGCUACCUCCAGCUGUUCGAAAGUCUCAACAAAAAUCCCGUGGAAGAAGUGUCAACCGACCAGGACUUUGCAGCGAGGCAGUCCUAA